UACGCUUCACCAAGGCUUCCAUUUCUUCCCGACCUGGCGGAGAGCAAAGGGAAUUCGGAGACGAGAGCGUGGCGAGGAGGCUUCUCAGGGAGAGAAAAAAACUAGGGAGGAGACGGAGAUCGCGUUUAGGGUUUCUUGGAGCUUCUCCGUUUGGGGCAACGUGUUCUCUGUCUUGGCUCGAGAUUCCCGAGCCAAGACGAAUAACUCACAUGAUCAAUUAGUCCUGAAGGCAGCGAUCAAAAAUUUUUCCAGGGGUUCUGCACAUCACUGCUGCUCUCGAAGAGGUAAUUAACGAUUAGGAGGGCGAUGUCGUCGCCUAAGGAGGGUUUCUUGACCGAUGAGCAGAGAGAGGUGCUGAAGAUUGCCGCGCAGAAUGUGGAGGUUCUUUCGUCGUCUCCGAGAUCUCCGACUGGGCUGGCCUUGCUUCUACCGGAGCAUAAUAACAAUAAAGGUGGAAGGCCGACCGCUGGGGGAAGCUUGGUAAGGCAUGUGCGCCGCUCGCACUCUGGGAAGGUCGUGAGAGUGAAAAAGGAUGGUGCUGGCGGUAAAGGAACAUGGGGUAAGCUCCUUGAUACUGGCUCGGCUGCACCCCUUGAUCGUAAUGAUCCAAAUUAUGACAGUGGUGAGGAGCCUUAUCAAUUAAUGGGUGCAACUGUGUCGUCUCCAAUUGAUGAUUAUAAAAAGGCUGUGGCACCUAUCAUCGAGGAGUAUUUCACCACAGGAGACGUGGAGCUGGCAGCUUCUGAUCUCAGAGAUCUUGACUUGGAUGAUUAUCAUCAUUAUUUUAUUAAGAAACUGAUUUCUAUGGCAAUGGAUAGGCAUGCGAAGGAGAAGGAAAUGGCAUCAGUUUUGCUUUCAGCUUUAUAUGCUGAUGUUAUUAGUGCAAGCCAGAUUAGCCAUGGUUUUAUCAUACUUCUGGAGUCGGCAGAGGAUUUGGCAGUCGACAUACUUGAUGCAGUUGAAGUCUUGGCUCUUUUUGUUGCCCGAGCUGUUGUUGAUGAUAUUAUACCUCCUGCAUUUCUCAAUAGAGCGAAAAAAAUGCUUCCUGAAAAUUCUAAGGGUCUUCAGGUUAUUGAGACUGCUGAAAAGAGCUAUCUUUCAGCUCCUCAUCAUGCAGAGUUAGUGGAGCGCAAAUGGGGAGGUAGCACCCACCUCACUGUUGACGAGGUGAAAAAGAAAAUAUCAUAUCUAUUGAGAGAAUACAUUGAAAGUGGAGAUACAGCAGAGGCCUGCCGGUGCAUCAGGGAAUUAGGUGUCUCAUUCUUCCACCAUGAGGUUGUUAAACGGGCUGUUACCCUUGCCAUGGAGACACCAGCAUCUCAACCUCUUAUCUUCAAACUUUUGGAAGAAGCUGCUGAAGAAGGUCUAAUAAGCUCUAGUCAGAUGAUUAAAGGAUUCUAUCGUCUUGCUGAGAGCCUUGAUGACUUGACUCUUGAUAUUCCUUCUGCCCAAGCUAUUUUCCAGCAACUUGUACCAAAAGCAAUUUCUCAAGGUUGGCUUGACCCUUCCUUCAAGUUCCCUGACGCUGAUAAGGACUCCAGUGAUGUAGAAGAUGAGAAGAUAAAACGAUUUAAGGAAGAAUCUGUAACCAUUAUUCAUGAGUAUUUCCUAUCAGAUGAUAUACCAGAACUUAUUAGAAGCCUUGAAGAUCUUGCUGCUCCACAGUACUAUCCUAUUUUCAUCAAGAAACUGAUCACAAUUGCAUUGGACAGGAAGAACAGGGAGAAGGAGAUGGCAUCUGUUCUACUAUCAGCCCUAGCGAUGGAGAUUCUUUCUACAGCCGACAUUGUGGAUGGUUUCGUAAUGCUCCUUGAGUCAGCAGAAGAUACAGCACUUGAUAUUUUGGAUGCCUCAGAUGAACUAGCUCUUUUUCUUGCUAGGGCCGUCAUUGAUGAUGUCUUGGCUCCACUAAACCUGGAGGAGAUAAAGAGCAAACUUCUACCAAACUGUAGUGGCAGCGAAACUGUUCACAGUGCCCGUUCUCUUGCUUCAGCCCGUCAUGCUGGUGAAAGACUACUGAGGUGCUGGGGUGGUGGUACUGGAUGGGCGGUAGAGGAUGCAAAAGACAAGAUCACAAAACUUCUGGAGGAGUUUGAGAGCGGAGGUGAUAUGGGAGAGGCUUGCCAAUGUAUCCGCGAACUUGGGAUGCCAUUCUUCAAUCAUGAAGUGGUGAAAAAAGCAUUGGUUAUGGCAAUGGAGAAGAAAAAUGACAGGCUCUUGGAUCUACUUCAGGAAUGCUUUGGAGAAGGCUUGAUCACUAUCAAUCAGAUGUCCAAGGGCUUCUCUAGGGUCAAGGAUGGUCUUGAUGAUCUAGCUCUUGAUAUCCCGAAUGCCAUGGAGAAGUACAUAUCUUACCAGGAUUAUGCAAAAAAGAAUGGCUGGCUGUCAUCAUCCUUCGACCAGCUUCCCCCAUUCGAUGCUUCUACAACACUGUAGAAGCUAGAAUAUCAAACAAAUAGCAAUGCCCUCAAGCAGAUUAUUUCUGCGCUGUUUGUUUCUAUCAAUGGGCACAUUGCUAUUCCUUUACUGUGAGAGGCUGCAGUUGGCAUCCGCAGGAGUAAAAAAUAUAGCUGUUUUUGAGCUUUGGCUUUGGGAAAAGCUUUGGAUUUGUUUUCAGGGGAAGUGAAUCUUUGUUCGAGCUUCCGCUUUGAGUUUGUUAUGUUUACUUGCAUGAAACAUAGUUCAGACAUUUUAGUUUUGCUUUUUUUUCUCAAUGCCCAGAUGUUCUCUGUUCUUCGUUUUUAGGAAAUGAAACUUAACUGGCAUAAUCUGUGCAGGCAUGGUGGGCCUUUUAUGUUUUAGUCACUGAUCAAUGCAUCGUAACAUCUGUUACUUUAGGGGACGAUGGUGGAUUGGUCACAAAACAUCCCCUGUAGUUCAGCUUCUUCUCACAUUAACUUUGAUGCUUCUUGUCUUUUGGCUGUUAAACUCGUGUCAUGGUUAAUCAUAACCAGUUAAUGGCUUUCGGAUA